AUGGCAAACAGGACAAUCACUGAAGCUCGCCAAAUCCACGGAACAAACCCCCAGUACUUAUUGGAGAAGAUCGUUCGAACUCGGAUAUACGAAUCCAUAUACUGGAAGGAAUCUUGUUUUGGUCUGACUGCUGAAACUCUCAUCGACAAGGCAGUCCAACUAAACUGUAUAGGAGGUCAAUUCGGAAACCAAAAACCAACAGAGUUCUUAUGUUUGACUCUCAAGCUACUGCAACUGCAACCAGAAAAGGAGAUUAUUGUCGAGUAUAUUUUGAAUGAGGACUUCAAGUAUCUACGAGCCUUGGGUGCCUUUUAUUUGAGGCUUACGGCCUCUGCUUUGGAUGUAUAUCGAUAUCUGGAACCACUGCUAGAUGAUUUUCGAAAGAUACGUGCUAUUACGACAGCUGGAUCAUAUACUUUGACAUAUAUGGAUGAUUUCGUCGACUCGCUACUUAAAGAAGAACGUGUCUGCGAUACCAUUCUACCACGUCUAACAAAACGACACGUCCUUGAAGACUUGAAGCAAUUAGAACCUCGUGUCUCCGCUCUAGAAGAUGAACUGGACGCUAUGGAUGCUGACGAUGAUAAACCAAAAGAAGAAAAUGAUGGUAAUGGUGACGCUGAACGUACAAGGCAUUCUCGUAACGGUGAUCAUGACGACGAUGAUGUAGAAGAUGGUGAAGAAAAGGAAAUACCGUCAUCAUCUAAUGGUCGUCAUCGUGACUAUAAAGAACGAGAAAGUAGUAGCAGGGAUGAUAAACAUAGUACCCGUAUUGAGAGACGGCAUCAUGAUGAUGAAGGUGAACGCCGUCGUUCAGUCUCUCCUCGUCAUCGCUCUCCUGCUGAACGUCGUCGUGAAUCUUCAGACCAUAGAAGAGAUCGUGAUAGGAGAGACUAUGAUAAACGAGAUCACGAUAGUAGUAGUAGUAGUAGACGAGACUCAUACGACAGCAGACGAGACAGAGACCGUGACCAUCGUGAUCGUGAUUAUAAUAGACGAGACCGUGAUUACGAUUCACGACGAGACCGUGAUUACGACAGAGAUAGACGAGACGGUGAUGAUGGACACCGUCCAAGUAGUAGCAGAGACUAUAACAAACGUGAUGAUGAACGAUCUAGUCGUGAAGAGCGUGGAAUGGAUGCUGAAGAUUCUUCACUGUCGAGAAAUCCAAAGAAGGGGUGGAGUAAAUCUAAGGUGGAUUCUCUAUUCAAGAAAAAAGCAACUUCAGGCAUAACAGCUUCAUCAUCACAACAACCACCCGCUGCGAGUAAUAGUAAGAGCAGUAAUAGUGGAGGCGGAGGAGCAAGUAAAGGUGGUGCAGGUGAUGAUCAGCUUAGUAUCGAAGAAACCAACAAACUUCGAAUAUCACUUGGACUUGCGCCAUUGAAGACUUGA